CUUCUUCUUCUUCUUCUUCUUCUUCUUCUUAGGCUUGAAAUCUCGUCUCCAAGAUCAACCCAAGCCUCCAAUUAAGCUCCAAGAUCUCUCAAAAACUCACUCUCUCUCUCUCUCUAGAACUCAUCUUUGGUGUUUUGGUUUGAAACCUUAGAGAGAGAACCAAGUUCUCCUAAAAAAAUCAGCUCCCCCUUCUCUCUCCCAGCUGUUGUCUUUAUAUUUGCCCGACACUGCUGACGUCACGGUCACUAUUCACGAGGGUGAUCAUAGCAAGCAGAGAGUGAUCUCGGCAAAAAAUGCACCAUUUUGGGCUAUUUUCACGGUCACGGGGAGAUUUUCACGGUCACGGGACCGUGACCAUGUUUAGGCCCGCGAGACGCACAAUGGCUGCUGGAAUUUGCAAGCUUCACUGUCUGAGGACGAUUUUCACCCCUUUAGAGUGUGACAUAUGAGUGAUGCCCAUGAAGUCUUGCUCUUCACUCCCUAGGGGAGAUUUUCACCCCUCAGGGCGUGACAAAUGAGUCUUUCCCGUGAACAUUGCACAACCUCCAUGUUUUGGCUCAUUUUGACCUCCGAAAGACCCAAAACUCGUCUCGGACCUUCCCACACAUACUAGGACCUGAAAUGUGAAAAAGAAGCACAUCCUAGCGUAUAAUAGGUCGAGGAAAGAUGAUAACCAAGUCAAACAAUCAAGAUAUGAGGGGUAAAUUGUGUGUAAUUAUGCCCAAUCACGCACCCACCCUUGAACGUUUACUUGUCCCCAAGCAAACCAAGCACAAAACAAGGUACACUUACAACCUCUUUCUUGAAAAAUUUGAGGGCAGGUCAUGGGGCACAAAAAAUGAAUCUGAAUGGCAAUUAGACAUCAACAUAUGGACAAUAUCAACAACAAUCCUAACAACCACCACAAAUGAUAUUCAAAUGCAUUAAAACUGUGUAAAGGAAGAGGUAUCACCUUGUCUUCAAACCAAAAUAUAACCUUUCAUAAUGACUCACCAAUCACAGUUAUCCAUGCAUAAAGAUCAAGUCCUAGGAACAAACGAUCGAGCAAACUAGGUCCUCACUGGGAUACAUGAUAAGAACAAAACAUGAGGCAUGAAUCACUCACUCUCGACCUGUGGGAUGAGGACCAUUUUGAUGCAAAAGAUUUGCAUACUCAAAUGCUCAGCCCUAUCGUCUCUUCACCUUGACGGUAGGCUCUAAAUGCUAGAGCUCACAGGAUGGGCUUCAAUACUAGCUUGUCCAAAGCUCUUAGACACGGGUUCAGAUAACUGGCUAGGGUCUUGAACAUGGGUAAAAGGCUUUUCUAGUGGUGGCAAGCAUAGCAUGAGGUUCCACAAUCUUCAACCUAAAACCAACACAAGGUUCUAUGGUUUCGACUAGGACCUUCUUCUACAUACAAUGGCCACUAGUAUAGGCCAAAAACCACACUUCCCACAAUUCCAAACCACAACUAAUCACCAAACCAUUCAUAACAAACUUUCUUUGCUACACUUGCUAGCAAACUUUUCAAGCACAAGAGUGAAGGAGGUAAACUAUCAUGUACGUGUUCCUAAGCUUGACUGCUAAGAAACACAUUUUAGAGCAUACACGACUUUGUGGUGGCUGUCUUUUCUUCCUAGCCCUCUUUAUUUUUUGCUUCUUUUUCUUUCUUUUCUCUUUCUAUUUCUUGAGGGCUAGUGGAGAGCUAAACAUGCCACAUUCUUGAACUUAGUGAACAAUUCUCACUUUUAAGAACUUCCUCCAACACUCACUUUUUCAUUCUUAACAAAACCAUGCACAAAUCACUCAUGUGAAACCUCAAUUAAGCUCAAAUGAUAUGAUGGGAGCUUCCAAACACAAGGGUGACUCGACAAUUGUAUAGGCUCGAAGAAAGUAGGGUUUCUCUAUCUAUCUCAAUCAAGCUCAAUUAGCAAGAGCCACCUAACACGAGAGCGACCCUCAGACACACGACAGAAAAGGCAUGACUAUGGGAAAAUUUAAUCAGGACAAGUCAAAUUUUGGGUCGUGGACUAAACCUAUGCCUCCAUCUUCCUCAGUAGUGACAACGUGAAUGCUACACAUCAUGGUAAGAGGGAUCUAUCACAAAAGAAGAAAACUAGUGGCACAAAUCUCACAUGGCUACCUAGAUUCAUAAUCAUUCACUCCAACUUCCAAAUUUUGAUGCGUGGCAAUUGUAACCAAUCCAAAACAUCCAUUGGUUUGCUAACAUACUACGAAACUCUGCCGCUAUAAUGCAGAACAGAGUUCCCAAAUCGAUGAGCUCGUUGUGGCUUUUGGUGAUGUUUCGAGUGAAGCCACUUCUGUAGAAACAUUUCAAAAUACCCCAGGAAUGAAUUCACUAACAAGAGUCGCGGCAAAACAGCUUCAAAUCAAAGUACCCAAUUCGUCAAAAUUGCUUCUGCAGAUGUCGGAAUGUGACUCCAAAGCUAUUGUUCUCGUCGGAGCAAUGGAGAGUGAUUCGACCCAAACGAUCGCUGUAGACGAGUUCUUGGAGGUGUUUGGAAGGUGUAGGAGCAAUCAAUUCGUCAAGACGAUGCUUGAACAAGAAACGCCCAAUUUCGAAUUGAAGAUUCUGGGUAAGAAAAUUCUGCAGCAAAACAUAUUUGAGCAGCCCUCUUUCGAUCCACUUUGGGAUCAAUUCUAUGAUGCUUUUGACAAGAGGAAGGAUCAAGCUUUCAGUGCAAAGCUUUUUGAAGAGGGGGAGCCUGAUAUGAUCCAAAUUGGCCACUUCUACAAGUCACAAUUACUUGCCAAAGAAGCUAUCAAGGUUGGAAAGAAGAAGGGCAGAAUUUGGCUAAGUCAAAAUCCGUGUUCAGGGUACAUACUUUGGAGGCAUGAUUCUCUCAAUUGGCUUUGUGGAAAUUCAAUGUUAAGGGUUUGUAUUGCAGAUAAAGUUUCCAUCUUUCCAAUGGUAUGCUUUGUGGAUCCAGAUGAUGUCAUUAAGGUUGUUUUCCAAGGCCUCAAAUUUGCUACCUCAAAACUGGAAAACUGCCAGAAUUUGGUUAAGGCAGAAACUGUGUUCAAGAAGCCUACUUUGGAGCUCCAUUCCAGAAGCAUGGAUGAGAUUCUAGUCCAGAGGCUUAUACCACAUGAGAGUAGGUAUGUUCUACUACAAAGACAUGGCAUUGGAUGAUUGGAAGCUUACCUGAAAGGCUUCGAUCGAGAGGCUCAAAGAUGGCAUCAAAGCUGUUUGGUUACUUGGAGCUAAAGGCAGAUUUCUUUUUCUUGUUUAGUUAGGAUUUCACUGUUUUGGUAGUUUUUUUAUUCCUUUUCGUAUUAGACUGUAAUUAGGAGUUUAUGGGACGUGUGUAACCCUAGCUAGGCCUAUUUAAGCUUUCUAUUUCGUUGUAAAACUCAGACUUUGAAGAAUUGAAUUGAAACCUUUGGGUUUUUGCAAGUUUGCGUACUUGUGUGAGCUUUGGUGGAUUCCAAGCUCGUUGAGCUCUUGUAUCGAUCAAGAACGCGUUGAUCGUGGCCGGGCAUCUAUCCUUAUAUCAAUCGAGCCUUUCCCCAGGUGUGGAAUUGCACGUUUGAUUCCGUUUUAUCUAAACACCCAAGAACAUCCUUGUUAUUGGUUCGAAAUUCGUUUUAAUCAAUCCAAUCCUUGGAUUGAUUGUGUUGCUGCGUACUUUGGUAAAAAUCCAACCCCCAGGGUUGUAUUAAGUGGUAUCAGAGCCCCGUUCAACGCAGGGUGAUGACUCGGUAUUUGCACAUGUUUUCCCCUUUGUUUCUUGAUUGUUUGAGCUUGAAUUAUUGCGUCUUUGGCCUAUUUUAUGCUAGGUUGUAUUCCUUUGUCCCAUUUCAGGUCCUAGCACAUAAAGUGAAGCAUAGGCGCAAGUUUCAAGUCAAUCAGAGAUCAAUUGACGAUUCGAGAGAAGAAACUCGGGCAUGACCUGAAGAAGAAUGGAUUUCUACCUCACUUUAUGGACAAAGAAUCAUGCAAGCUUGUUAUGAAACGAAAGAGGACGAGACUACGAGCGUCUGGGAUCAAACGGCGAUUGAUUCGGAGUCCGGACGAGGGAGAAACGAAGCAUUAAACAGAGGAUGAGCAAGCUGCACGGGCAGACCAGGGAGGCUGCACGGCCGUGCACGUGAGCAAUAUGGCCGUGCGCCUUAUGCCGAGGACACGCACGGGCAACCCCUGAAGCUCGCACGGCCGUGCACCCUGGCCGUGCGAGAGGGCUGAAGUUCGACUAAAUGACACGCUGCGUUUUGAGUUGCACGGCCAGAAUGGUGAUAUGCACGGCCGUGCACCCUGGCCGUGCGAGUCGGGAUUUCCUGGUUUUAAGCCAAAUUCCGAACCAAAGAGGAGGGAGAGCUGGGUUUUGGAUCCCAAAUACCCAAGGGACGAACCAAAGAGAGAGAGAGGGCGAUUUGAGGGCAUUCUUGGAGUGGAGUUGGAGGAUUUCUUCGCCUUGGAAGCUCGAGGAACAAGCCCGGACUUGAAGACUGAUCAUCUGAAGAUUCUUACUGCAGUCUCUCUCUUCUCUAUGGAGUAACUUCCCUUCACUUAGGUUUUGAGGAACCCUAGCUAUGUUUGUUUGAUUGGAUGAUUGUAUGAGUACUCUGACUGGAUAAUCUUGAGUUCAUAUUCAAUCUAUGCAUGUUUUCAUGAUUCAAUUCUGCUUUAGUCGAGAUUAUUGAUUCUGCUUUGAUUCUAUGAGAGGGAAUACCUGAUUAGGUCAAUAGAGCACCAUAGAUUGAUAGUAGUGGAUCGAUUGCUUUAGUCGAGGGUUGAUUCACUGCUUUGUAUCGAUUGAGAACCCCUUUCGAUAGAGGGAGUCUAGUUCAGAACGCCUUGAUCAGUUGUUCUAGAGAAGGAUACGUCCCUCUAGGCAAUUGACUCAAGAGGGCCUUGUUCCUUUAGUCGAGACUCAAGGUCUAGUCAAGGAUUCUCCGCAUUGUGAAUGAAAGUGAAACAGGUUA